AUGCGGUUUAAUUACUUACAGAGAGAAUUGGUUGAAACGUGUUUUAUAAAUAAUUCGAAUCCGGUGAUAAUAACUUCUGAUUUAAUCGAUGAUGACUACAAAAAACAAAAUCCGGGUAAUGGUAAAGAAAGAAAUUCGCCAGUGAUUGUAAUUAACGAGGAUUUAAAGGAGGAUAGGAUCAACGGAUAUGUUCCUACUUACCCCACGUAUGUCAUACCAUUUGAGUCAAUUAAAAAACUGGAGGCGCAAGUUGACGAGUUUAGAUCAUCGGCAAUCUGGAGUAUAAAGUCGCCUUUCCUGGUCAUCGAUACUAACAAAGAAUCGCGGUGUGCGAAUGCCGGAAAAGUACUUGGGUUUUUGUGGACAAUGGAUUUAUUGUCUGCGUAUUACUUGUGUAAUGACGAUGGCAAGGAUUCGACGAUCGUUUAUACUUUGAACCCAUUCACGGAUUCCGCUCCACUACCAUGGAUUAAAGUUGAGGCGGCUGAUCAGAUUGACGACAAUAUGGGCAAGAAAUGGACACUCUACAAUCUCCAAUAUUCUAAAGAUCGAACUUCAUGCGAAAAUAUAUCCUAUGACAAGACUCAAGAUCUGGCAGGUCAUAAAAUCAAAUUCGCACUUGUUAUGGAUUUAUCGAUGAAAGAUGAGAGCAGCAAAAUAAAGGCAAUAAAAAGCGGCACAAAAAAUUUAUUAAGUAAUAAAUCAGUUAAUUUAAUGACGUUACCAAGUUAUAUUAAUGCCAAAAGGUCUAUACACGUUUUACAUUUCCUUCGUCACACAUAUAUCAAAAAAGGGUAUAAUACAGAACUAGCCAGAAAAAGGUUGGACGCUUACGGUUAUGUAUUGCAAUUAGCAGAUACUAAUUAUGAGUAUUCGGACUGUAUAACACAGUAUCAUGAAGUAAAGUAUUCAAUUUUAACUAAAAAGUCAAAUUAUUUAACGGCACUAAGCGAGAUAACUUACAAUCUGCAGUUUAUUAUUUCGACAAUAGUUGUCUUGCUAUUGAUAGCAUUGAUUAUGAUAGUUAAUAACAAAUUCGAUAUAAGUGGGGGUAUUAUGGACGUGAUAAAAAUGUCGGCAGGAAUGGGAGUGAUAUCGCCGUUCGAUCGGCUAUCAAUAAGAAUAAUUUACUUAAGCGGCUUCUUGUUUAUUUUCACUGUAAUGCCCGAGUUCCAGGGACAAAUAUCCGCCAUUUUGUCGAAGCCUAUGCGCCGUAACGUAGAGUCGUUAAAAGAUCUGUACGAAAAUAAGUUUCACGUUUACUAUGACGGGUUAUUAGAGAAAGAUAUUAUCCAUGAAAAUUUGUGGGUUACUGAUGAGGACAAAAAAUAUUUACAUCCAUCGAAUCAUUCAGAAUUAGUUGAUUGUUCAUUGAAAGCGCGAAUGAAUUCAACAAUAUCCUGCAUUAAUUCCAUAGAUAUUCAGAUACGUUUAGCUUUAAUGUCGAAAAAGGACUGGGCUGUUAAACACAAACUCGAUAAAAUAGCUUUGUUAUUUGUGGAAUCUGGCUUCAUUAAUUAUGAAUAUCAAAGAUUAAUGAAGAAGUAUUUUAAAAAAGUAGAAAAAUUGAAUAAAAUCGAACAACAAAGAAAUUACGAGCAGAUUGAUUUCGAUCAUUUGGUGUUUAGUUAUAUGUUUACUGGAGCGAUUUUACUUUGGAGUUUGAUUAUCUUUGGAAUUGAAGUUCUCUUCCAUAAGCAUUCAAAAAUUUGCAGACAAAUUAAAAUGCGCAGAAAUUUUAGGAAGAAAAUUUCUGUAAGGUCGCAGCCGAGAAUUAUUUUCUUUCCCGGACGAAUGGUUCUUUCGAACAGCCGCAAUCAAGUUUAA